CUAACAGGUUGAUCUGGAUUACAUCAACAGUCACACCCUCCUCCGUUUAUGAACAUAGCAGAACAGGUGUUUGUAAUUCAUUAGCUAAACUGAGCUCAGCACAGACAGGAAUUAAAAUCUACGCUGCUCCUCAAGGUGCUUCUUGUCUGUCUCAGUAGCAGCUACCCGGCCUAGUGCUCCUCAGGCCUCCUCAUAGCCACAAUGACUAGCCACUGGAGGGACUUCAGAAGCCGCAGCAGCUCUUUUACUUCACCAGGAGCCUCUUAUAAUGUGAGAAGAGAGCGCUCCUGCUCCCCUUCUUCAAGGAACAGGGCCUACAGCGGCUCCCCCAUGGGUGUCACCACCAGUAGGAUCUUCAGCUCUUCAAGCCUCACCGGAUAUAGCUGUUCCUCGUUCCCAAAGGUUUCCAUCAACAAGCGGCUCUUGACCCCGCUACACGUGGACAUUGAUCCCUCCUUCCAUGAGAUCAGGACCAAGGAGAAAGAUGAGAUCAAGAUCCUCAACAACCAAUUUGCUGCCUUAAUUGGGAAGGUCCAGAGUUUGGAACAGCAUAACCAAGUCUUGCUCACGAGAUGGAACUUUUUGAAAGAACAAGAUAACUCCCUGUCUGACUUGGACAUCAAACUCCUCUAUGACCAGUAUAUGAACAAACUGAGGAUGGAGAUUCGGUCUAUCGAUACCGAGAAAGAACAGCUGGACUCAGAACUUGAUGAAGUGCUGGAUGCCAUGGACUCCUUCCGGAACAAAUAUGAGGAAGAAAUAAACAAACGCACUGGGAUGGAAUUCACCUUCACAGCACUCAAAAAGGAUCUGGACAAUGGCUUCCUGCACAAAACUGAACUUGAAGCGAAACUGAGCGGACUUCUUGCUGUGGCGGAGUUAAUGAAAAAGAUCCAUGAAGAGGAACUUGAGGAGGUGAUGUCACAAAUCAAGGAUGUCUCAGUUGUGCUGGGGAUUGAUAACAACAGAUACAACCCUGAUCCACACCGGAUUGUGGAGGAAGUAAGAGCACAGUAUGAAGAUCUGGCUAUCAGGAGCUGGGAAGAGUUAGAGACACUCACCCGAAGCAAGUUGAAAGAAAGAGAGGUGCUGUCUGCUAAAUAUGGGGACCAUCUUCUUAAUGACCGGAGGGUGAUUGCUGAAUUAAACAUACAGAUCCAGAAAAUGAGGUCUUGUAUUGUGUCCUUAAAAAGCCAGUGCCUGCGUCUAGAGGAUAACAUCAAAGAGGCUGGAGUACAAGGUGAAUCUGCCCUCAAUGAUGCCAAAGCCAAACUGGCUAAGUUGGAGGAAGCCAUUCACAAUGCUAGGCAGGACUUGGCACACCUCGUUAAGGAGUAUCAAGAUCUGAUGAAUAUCAAGCUGGCCCUGGACAUAGAAAUUCUUACCUACAGGGAGUUGAUGGAAGGGGAAGAAAUCAGCAUGGAGUCCCCAUCGCCAGCUGUCAUUAGCAGAAUCUACUCCACACCAAAGCUCUCUUCAUCAAACACCAGCAUCACAACCACCUCAAAUGUGGCAACCAUAGCAAAAGAACAUUCAACUGAUAAAAUGAACCAUAGCGGAAGCAGUUUGGAAUGUAGCCUUUCAAGGAAUGAGAGUGGUAGAAGUGGGGAGGUCUCUGCUGGUGAUUUCUCUAGAAGCCAUAGCAAAAGAAGUGGAGGUCCUCCUGAGAGUAGCUUUUCUAGAAGCCACAGUAGUGCAAGUGGGGGUGCCUCAGAGGCUUCAAGAAGUCACAGCAGUAUCCAUACAGGUACCUUAGAGAGUAGUCCUAGAAGCAGCAGAAGUGGAAAUUAUGCAGAUCUUGAAGAUGCUAUGGAGAGCAGUGUUUCUAGAAGUCAAGGUCAUGGAAGUGGGAGUUACAGAAGCCGCAUGAGUGGGGAUAACCUAGAAGAAAGCCUCUCUAGAAGUCUUAGUGGUGAAAUCAAAAGGAUUUCAGAAGGCAGCCUUUCUAGAAGCCAAAGCAACAGAAGUAGUGGUUUGACCGACAGUGUAUUUGCUAGAACUGACAGUGGUGCAAGUGAAAAUGUCCAAGAGGGCAGCUGUUCUAGAAGCCAAAGCCAUAGCAGUAUAGGGUUUUCACCAUCUAGUUUUUCUAGAGCCCAAAAUAGAGGAAGUGACAAAGCCCCUGAAACUAUCCUUUCUAGAUAUCACAGUUCUGGAAGCAGAAUUGUUUCAGAGGGCAACAAUUCUAGCAGCCAAAGCAGCAGAAGUGGAGACUUCACAGAGAAUGUUUUUGCUAGAGCUCACAGUGGUGAAAGUGAAGGUAUCUCAGAGGGCAGCCUUUCUAGAAACUAUAGUGGUACCAGUGUAUCCUACGUAGAAGAUGAUCUUUCUAGAAGCCAGAGUGAUGAAAAUGAGAUCCAUGACAACUACAGAAGUGAAAAAUGUGCUGAGCCUAGUGUUUACAGGACAAAUAGUGCUGAAGAUGGUGGGGUCCCAGUGGGUGACAUUUCUAGAAGCCACAGUAGGGCAAGCAGUUUCAUCUCUGAUGGUAGCCUUUCUAGAAGCCAGAAUGUUAGUAGCCAUGGAAGUGAAGAGUAUCCUGAACCUAUUGUUUCCAAAACCAACAGUGCUGAAGAUGGUGGGGUGCCAGUGGGUGGCAUUUCUAGAAACCAGAAUGAUAGUAGCCAUGGAAGUGGAGAUUACGCUGAGUCUUCUAUUUCCAGAACCAACAGUGCUGAAGAUGGUGGUGUCCCAGUGGGUGGCAUUCCUAGAAGCCAGAAUGUUAGUAGCCAUGGAAGUGAAGACUAUGCUGAGUCUUCUGUUUCCAGACCCAACAGUGCUGAAGAUGGUGGGGUCCCAGUGGGUGGCAUUUCUAGAAGCCAGAAUGAUAGUAGCCAUGGAAGUGAAGGGUAUCCUGAGCCUAUUGUUUCUAGAACCAACAGUGCUGAAGAUGGUGGGGUUCCAGUGGGUGGCAUUUCUAGAAGCCAAAGUGGGGCAAGCAGUUACAUCUCUGAUGGUAGCCAUUCUAGAAGCCAGAGUGAUGGAAAUGAAAUCUAUGAAGGCUAUGCUGAACCUACUGUUUCCAGAACCAACAGCGCUGAAGAUGGUGGGGUCCCAGUUGGUGGAGUUUCUAGAAGCAGCAGCAGGGACAGCAGAAACAACUCACAGAGAAGCCAAAGAGGCCACAGUGGAAGCUUUGCAGACACUGUCUUUAUUAAAGCCCGCACUGAAGGUGCACAAGAGGGCAGCCUUUCUAGACACUCCAGUGAUACUAAUGCAACCUUUGGAGACAGAGGUGUUUCUAGAAGUCAUAGUGGUGGAGGCAAAGGCAUCUCACAGGGGAGUGGUUUUAGAACUCCAAGCAUCAGAAGUGCAACCUUAACAGACAGUGUCUUUAUUAGAACUCCCAGCAAUGCAGGCGAAGAUGUCCCUGGGGAACUACUUUCAAGAUUUCACAAUGACGCAAGAGAAAGUGUCACGGAAUCUAGCCUUUCACCAGGAUGCCAUAGCCCCAGAAGUGAAGGCUCUUCGCAGUCUGGACUUUCUAGGCUCCGCAGUGGGGAGAGUAGAGAUGACCCAGACAGCAACCCACCCAGAGGACAAAGCAGUGGAAGCAAAGUGAUCCCAGAGAGUAGUUUUUCUAGAAGUCAAAGCAACAGAAGUGGGGGCUUUACAGACAAUGUUUUUGCUAGAACUUACAGUGGAACAAGUGAAGGCCGCCUCUCAAGAAGCCAGACUGAUGAAAAUGAAGGAAUCAUAGAAGUUGUUUCUUCUAGGAGUCAUGGCCAUGGAAGUGGAAGUUUUGCAGAAUCAUCUGUUUCCAGAAGCCACAGUGCUGAAAGCGAAGGUGUCCCAGAGAAUGCCCUUUCCAGAAGCCAAAACAGCAGAAGUGGGAAAUUUGUAAGUGGUGGCCUUUUGAGAGACCACAGCAAUGAAAGCAAAGAAAGUCAUUGUAAUACAAGUGAAAGGUUUGUGGACAAUGAAAGUUAUGCAAGUCAUAGUGAGGCUCAUGAGUCUGGUCUUUCAAGAAAUACAGUUGCCUCAGCAGAUAGUUUUACUAGAAGUCACAGUGCUGAGAGUGGAGGCCCCGUAGAGACAUCCACUCCUAUUUGCCCUCACAGAAGAAGUGAAGAUGCUAUGGAACAUAGCCUUUCUAGAAGCCACAGUGGAGAAAGUGGUAGCUUUAAAGCAGCUGACUUUUAUAGAAGCUCCAGUGAAGUAAGCAGAGGUGUCUCAGAGGCUGGUCUUUCUAGAAGCUUCAGCAAAGAAAAUGAAAAUAUCCCAGAGGGCACAGUUUCUAGAAGCUACAGCUAUCGAUGUGCAAUGAUUUCACACCCUAAUGUCUCUAGAACUGAAAGUGGUGGGUCUGAAGAUGUUUCAGAAAGCAGUCUGUGUAGAUGCCACAGCUCUGAAAGUGGAAGGUAUUCAGAACCUAGAAAGUAUAGUAGAAGCCAAAGUGGUGAGAGGGGAAAUGGGCCAGAAGUUGGCCUCUCUAGAAGCUACAGUGGCAGAAAUAAAGAGGCCCCAGUGGAUAACCUGUGUAUAAGCCAUAGUACUAGAGAUGAAGCUUUUCCUCAGAGUGGCCUUUAUGAAAAUUACCGUUAUGAGCAUGAAGCUGGCUCAGAUGUCAACCUCCAUAGUACUACAAAUGAUGUUGUUUGGGUGAGUGAUGCUUUUGUGGAGGGAGGAACCCAGAGUUAUGAGCCAGCGGCUCCUAGUCCUGUCUGCUUGCUCUGUGAAGUUCACUCUGAUGGUCAUCAGCACUCUCCAGCUGGUGAAGCAUGCUACUAUGUCGAGUCCCACUCUAUGGAGUAGGUGUCCCAGAAGCAUAUAAGUGGGAUCCAGUUACCUUCUUCUAGAAGACUAAUUCCAUCAAAUGGCUCGUAGACCACAGAUAAGAAUCCACAUUAAACCUUACAUUACUGAGGUUCACAGUUGGAAAUAGGCCUCCUACAGGCUUGGGAGUGGCAACACAACUUCCCUUGCCUGUUAUGGUUCGUGGGGGUCAAGCUCAGAGAGUAACUCAAGCCCUUCCAGCAGUAUACUCUGUGAUGAGGGAAACUAGUAUUGCAGCUAUAAUACUGGCAUUGCCUAUUUAAAGAAACUAGAAGCCAACAGCAAAGUCUUUUGACCAGUAUUAUAAACAAUGCCCUUUCUCCGUUCUCUUUCUUUUAUUUAUAUUAAUUACUUCAAAACUUAUAAUAUGCAGAUUAAAUUCUUUCUGGGCUUUUUGAAAAGCAAGUGGUGUGGUGCUCAGCAAGCAAUUUUGUUAGUGGGGACAUUCCACUACUGUUCUUCUGGGUGCUUUUAAGGACACCAUUUUGAGUUUAUCUACUGAAUUCCUAAAGGCAGAGGUUUGUUUUCCAUUUGCACAGAAAGCUCCAGAGAGCUUUUCCUUAUAUUCACUAGCAAGCUUAAAUAUGUAUCUCACAAGCCAGGCCUUGGUUGGGCCCAAGGACAGUGAUGAAUAGCGAUGCCAGGUCUCCGGCAAACAGCCGGAGACUCCGGCCCUGCCUCUGCUUUUCUCACCUCCGGCCAGAAUUGCCCCCAUGUUGUUUAAUCUCCGGCUAUUGUGGACUCCCAGGAGCGAGGAGCCAGUCAUGCAGACGCCAAUUUUCCCCUUGCUUCUUCUAUCUGCUUUGCCUCCUCUCUCUCUCUCUCUCUCUCUCUCUCUCUCUCCUUUGCAUGCAGACGUGCACACCUCAGGGGAAGGACUCCAUUUGCCUUCCCAAGCACUACCUCUCAUUCUCAUUGGCUGCCCCUGAGGCCCAAUGAGAGCCGAACCCAGGCUUCUUCCAUGGCGUGGAGCAAAUUGGAGCAAGUAGGAGGUGAGUUGGCUGGCAGGCAAAUGCCCCGGCUUUGAGGGUUUUAGGGAGUUCUAGCUGCUCUAGAGCUGAUGAGCAGCUGUGGCCGGGGAGCAGUGGCAUUCCAAGUGCAGGCAAUAAGAGGAUGACACAUCGGGCGCUGCCUCUUUUCCAGCUCCAGCUCACCCAGGAUAGCGUCCCACCUUCCCCCCCCUGCAUUUAGAGGCAUCCUCUCUCCCUGUCCUUGACUUCCCUCCCCUUUCUCCCCUCCCCCUUUGAUUUCUUUGUCUAUUUAUUUAUUUUUAUUUUGCGUGAGAAACAUUGGUAUUUCUCUCCCUCCCCCUUCUCUAUCCCCCCUUCCGCUUCUUUCCCUCACUGAUCCCAGGGCUCCCUCACCUCUUCUCUUGCAUGCUUGGGAGCCUUUUUCUCCCAAGCACCAGCAGCCUGUAGCAGACUCACUCUCUGCUCGGGGUGGAGAUACAUGGGCUGGUGAAACCAGAAGUUGCUCUCCACCCUUUCUUUCUUUCUUUCUUUCUUUCUUUCUUUCUUUCUUUCUUUCUUUCUUUCUUUCUUUCUUUCUUUCUUUCUUUCUUUCUUUCUUUCUUUCUUUCUUUCUCUCUUUCUCUCUUUCUCUCUUUCUCUCUUUCUCUGUAAGUGUUCAUUUACUCAGAAAAACUUGCUGCAGCCUUGUGCCCCCUUUGGGAACCUCCUAUGAUAGUUACUUCCAAGAAAGCAUGUUCUUCCUCCAGGAUGAAGACUGCAAUCCUAAACACGCUUGGGUGGGAGAAAGCCCACUGAAUUUCGUGAGGAUUGCUUUGGAGUAACUAGGCUUGGGAUGGGCUUUAGAGUCUUUUCCUCUAAAAUGAAUUGGGUCAACCAGAAGAAAGACUUCAUCUUAUUUUUCUGUUCUAAACAUCUCAGGGCAGAGACCAGUCUUUUUUGCUUGCUAUAAACUGCAUUAAUUAUUAUUUAUAAUAAUCUGCAAUCGCUAGGGGCAUUAUCAGGGGAGGUUGAGCCCUGGGUCAUUUCUGCUAGACCCAGAUCUACUACUCCCCACUUUUUAAAAACACAUGUUUAUUUUUAUUUUGCUCAUAGGGCAGCAAACUACAGUGCCAGUGAGAUCCCAGGCUGCAUACACACCGUACAUUUAAAGUGUGCGGCUUCCCACAAAGAAUUGUGGAAAUGUAGUUUACCCCUCACAGCUAAAAUUUCAAGCACCCUUAACAAACAACAGUUCCAGGAUUCUUUGGGGAAGGAGAAACAUGCUUUAAAUAUAUUGUGUGUACACACACUAUUUUAAUUUGCCCAGAAGCACUGUAUACAUUUAGGCAGAUUGUUGCCCAGAGUUUUUCAAGAACUUAGCAACAAGGGUGUAGUCGUCCAGGGUCUCGGGGAGUCUUAGAUGCCUUACUUUUUUGGGAGCAGGGUCUCAGCAGAAUCCCUGUGUUUCCAGCAUUCUAUGAGCCAAUCAACAUGACAGGGGAGUGUGUUAGCCACUUAGAAGAGUCUUCUAACAUGCAUCCUUGUCCUUUCCUGCUGAUUGGAGCCAAUCAGAGUAAAAGGAGGUAAGUCACUGAGCAGACUCUUCUCAGUAGCUAAUACACUCCCCUUUCAUGCCUAUAGGCUCCUAGGGACCUCUGUUGUGGAAGAAUGCAUUAGCAAGGAUCUCAUUCUCAACCCAGCAGCAGAAGAGGGAAAGGUGGGAGGGGUGUGGCUGUGACUUUCAUGAAGGGACCCUGCACUCCUGAAUUUGCCACUGCAUUGCUGCUAGCAACACCCUUGGCCGUUAUACAGCAGACGCAAGUAACAGUCUCCCAGCCCUUUUGGCUAAAGGGUGGGGUAUAAAUGCCUUAAAUAAAUAAACACAAAAAGCAGCUACUCAGAGGAAAAUUCAGCAGAGGAUUAAGGGUUGUUUUCACCACUGCCAUCCAAUGUAAUCAUCUCCCACUUCUUACUACAAACCAAUACAUGUCUACUCAGAAGUAAGCUCCAUUGGGUUCAAUGGUACUUUCUCCCAGGUAAGUGUGUAUUGGAUUGUAGCUUAGUUACAAGCUUUGAACUAACUUCAGCUAUUUAAUUGUUUACACAUGAUCAGGUGUGUAGGUGUAUAAAUUCCUUUAAAAUGUUGUGGGUUUGGCUCUGGUAAGUUUACCACUGGCAACCUUACGUUCUUUUAUUUCAAUUUAAAAAAAGGGGGGGCUUUGCUUGUUUUUUUUUUUUAGGCCUUCUGGAUGGCUCUGAAUUGCAACUCCCCAGGACCAGAGGCAUAACUGGAAGUCCUAUGGUUCCCUAUGCCUGGUGUAUUCCUUCCAUGUGUUAAUUUUUAUUUUUUUGUUUUGGUAUUGGGGCCCUACUUGUUAGCUUCUAGAGGAAACUAAAGCAGCUCACAGCAAGAAAUAAUGCACAUCCAACUCACAUUUAAAGUGCAUGACUUCCCCCAAAGAAUCCUUGGGAGUGUAGUUUUCCCCUCGCAGUUAGAGUUCCCGCUACCCAUGACAAACUACAGCAUCCAUCUGUGCUCCCAUCUAACAUCUCUGCAACACUAAGCUCCUUUCUUCCUAUAAUGGCCUGGCCUGAGGGCACGUAAACCCUUCUUGCCAGAAGCAAGUAAGCUAGAUUAAAUGUUCCCUAAAAGUGUUGAACUAUGACUUGGCAGACCAGGGUUUGAAUCCUCAGAUAGCCAUGAAGCUGACUGGGUGACCUUGGACCAGUCACUGCCUCUCAGCCUCAGAGGAAGGCAAUAGUAAACCACCUCUGAAUACCACUUACCAUGAAAACCCUAUUUGGGACCGACGAAGGCAGUCCAUUUCCAUUUUGCAUCUAUGCUCCCUAAGCUUGUGAGAAGGAAUGACCUUGUCACUUCAGCUGGACUUGGGAACACCCUCUUUUAGGUAAGAUUUCUAUUUUAAUUUCCAAUCAGAGAAUUUUUUUUUAAUUGUAUGCUCCAAGCAACUGUGGUUGAUACUUAAUGUAUCAUGCUUAAUGACAUAAUUAGGGCCCACCCAUUACAUCACUAGGGCCCACCCUGUGAUGUCACUAGAGCCCGCCCCAUGACAUCACCAGGGCCCGCCCCGUGAUGUCACUAGGGCCCACCCCGUGACAUUACUAGGGCCCGUCCCCGUUUUCUCAGGUUUUUGGAUGGUUCCGACCUGGCAACCCUAGUGAUGAAUGUUUUUUUUUUGCUAGGUCAGUGAUAAACUUUUUUUUAAAAAAAAUAGAUAUUAGGGGCCAGUGUUACAUGGUGACUUCAAACAUACACUUCAGCAGUCUACAGACUUUUGCAUAUGUGAUAUUCCCCUACUCAUGUGCACAGGAAGCAUAUGUCACAAGGGGUCAUUGCUUGUAUCCAUUUGGCAAGACCUGGGUUGUAACAGAUCUAGAAUUUAGUUCUUCCAUCCCAGGUCUGUACAGUCAGUUACUGGAGCUGGGAGCUUGCACUGGCCUGGGGUCUGGGCUGGGUCUUGGAGGUAUGAAGUGCAGCAGCAGCAGCAGCAGCAGGCAGGCAGUACUGCUGUGCUGAUCAGGCCAGCACAAAAGGCCAAUGACAAAUCCUUACUCCUUUGUGUGCCUGAUGAGAUCUGAGCAUAUACAGUCUCCAGGUUAGAUUCCAUGGAACUCCUCGUUCAAGCCCUGCAGUCCCUGACAGCAACUCACUUAUAGAUACAACACUGGUGUUUGUAAACAUGCUACCACCCAAUAUGGCUCAUAAUGAAUGAGCCACUUUUAUUGCACUGAGAGAGCUCCAUGCGAGCCAGAGAAGAAAAAAGUGAAGUUCAGCUUAGUAAGUGCACUUUAGUGGUUUUUAGCAUAAAUUGAGGACUAGCUGCCUACCUAAACAUAGCCACGUUAGGUUCAUGCUAGCAUGUAGAUUCAGAGAACAGUGUAGUAGGUAAGUGGGUAGGUAUAUAACUUUGCAUGUCUAUAUCAGCAUAGAUAGGUGUUGGUGUAGUAAGUCUUUUAUUUAUCAACAAACUAGAGCCAAAGUUGUAAAGCUGAAAAUGUGUGCUCAGGUCCAAGAACUGUGGAGUCCAUUGGUUACAGAUUAAUUGCUGGGUCAGGGAUUAAAAUCCCAUCUCAGCCCUGGAUUGAUCAGAUAAAUGGGCUGGAACAAUUCACUCUCUUAGUCUCUUGUCCCUGUUCUGUGACAUGGGGAUGUUAAGAGUCCUAACUUGCAGGAUAUUGAAUGAGAUCAGGAAUGUGAAACAAUUUGGCCCUAAAGCUGAGAACAUUAUUAACAUUUAAGCCAUGCUGAAUUCAAAGGAUAAGGUAGUAAAAGUCCCACUGUUGAUUUCAAUUGCACUUCUGUUGCUUUGGCACCAUUGCAGUUCCUGCUCCUCCUCUUGUACUGCUCCUUUCUGCAUCAGUUAGUUAUGAGGGUGAUCCUAACCAAUCUUGAUUUAUGCAGUGAACAGCCUGAAGUCACAGCACUAUGUAGCCUGUCAGAUUUGCCUGUGUAAUGAUGUCCUUAAGGACAAAAUGGGAGGAGGUCAGGCCAAUGAUUCCUUGAUUAGGCACAUGAGUAAUCCCUCCCAGUCGAUCAGGGAUCACAGUUAGAUUUGACUAUAGGGAGAUGUCAUUUGGGGCCUAUGAAGAUAGCUGAGAGUGAGAGCAAAUGUGGCAGUACAGGUGAACAUUUUCAAUGAUUUUUGGAAAUUCAAAGGUAGAAAAAAAACAAUAAAAAUGGGAGUAAUUUUGGCUCUGCUGGGAGCAACCAUUUUCUCUGGAUUGGGGCCUUUCUGUUCUCAGUACUUCUCUUUACAUGGUUAAUAACCUGCUUAAUCUGUGUAGUUCAGGGGUUCAGUCUUUCGGGAUCGUGGGGGGACACAGGACCUUUUUUGGGAGCAAGUCCAUAUGUAUGAGCCAAUCAUCAGGAAAAGGGAGCAUGUUAGCCACUGAGAAGAGUCCUUGUCUUUUGGUACUGAUUAGAGCCAAUCAGAGUUAAAGGAGGUGAGUCAGCCACUGUGAAGACGCUUCUCAGUAGCUAACACACACCCUCCCCUUUCAUGCUGAUUGGCUCCUAGGAAUGCCUGUUGUAGUGGAGUGUGAACUGGAAGAUGACAUCACAGAGAACAAGGGAGAUGUGUGAAAGUAGAAAAGGGCAUGGCUGUAAGGGGGCAUGGUGCGACUGUCAUGAAGGGACCCUGCACUUCUGAAUUUGCCAGUAUCCUACUGGUGUAGUCUCUUUUGAAGCCCGUUGGUAGCAAGUGAACUUUGCAAGGGGGUGGAGUGAGAGAAAGCUCUCCCUGCAAAUACCAUCCCACUUUCCUUCCACCCGUUCUCUUGGGUUCCUUAUAGUAUUGAGCUCUUGCUGUGCUGCCCUGAAGGACAGUAACGUUCACACUACUCCCUAUAGUUUCAGGAGUACAGGAAGCAUGAGACCAUAGCAUGAGAUCUCACUGGUUCCACUUCUGCUUACGAGGGAAAGUAACAGGAACAGAAAAUAGCUAAGGCUAGAAUCCUAUGCAGACUUAUGUGGAAGUAAGACCCAUUGAAUUCCAUGGCACUUACUCCUGCCCUGAGUAGACAUGCCUAGGAUUGCACUGCAAAGAAAGAAAGAAAGAAAGAAAGAAAGAAAGAAAGAAAGAAAGAAAGAAAGAAAGAAAGGCACCUGACAUUUAAGCCCAGUUUGUUAAGGAGAAAAAUAUUUAAGCAGUGAUUACUGACUUCAGAGGUCAUGUGAAAGGGGUGUUAAGAAAACAGAGCAAUGUGGAAAAUUACAAGAGGGGAGAGAGAGAGAGAGAGAGAGAGAGAGAGAGAAGGCAAAGAGACUAAUUGUUAGGGAUGGGUGAGGAUUUUGAAUCAGUUCACAUUUCAAGCAGAAUGUAUCAAAUUAGCAAUUUCCAAAACAAUAUGAGAACCGAAACGCAGCCGUCCUUCAGAAUUUGCGUUUAGAAUUUGGGGAUGCAGCUUGCCAGCUAAACAACAUUUACAAAAAUGCACGUAUUAGGGGAAAGUGUGCAUAAAAAUGAAUAUAUGAGUGAAAAUAACAUGCAAAAAGGCAUGAAAUGAUGAGAAAUGGCUUGCAAAAAUGUGCUUUUGUCAAAACUGCCUACAAAAAUGUGGUUAUUUGGAGAAAUUCGCACUAAAAUGGUGAUGAAUUUUCAUGAGGAUUUUUGUCUUAAAAAAUUCGCAGAUUGCUGUAGAAAUGUAGAGAACUGAAUUUAACAUUGGAAAAAUGAGAAACUGAGAGAACCGAGACAGAGAGAUCUUUCCAUCCCUACUUGUGGAAUAUGAAUUGAGGAUUAUCUCCAAAGAAACAGUAAAUGGGACAUUUCAAGCUUGCCUAUAUCACAGGUCAAGGACAUGAACAUUAUAAGCUCUGUUGGCCCAUGUCUCAGGUGAGGAUUUAUUGCCAGCGUACACAUCGCAUGUGAAAUCCAGAUGUUACAAUAAAAGACAAAUGCAGAUGUGAGGUUAGGUGCUAUGCUGCUAGGAUAUUUAUUGGUAUUUGCGGAGACGAGAACAUUAGCAUUGUUCAUAUACUUGUAUAACAUAGUUUGGUUCUUCUUAACUUAAUGAGUAGUUUUUCCUUUGUCUGCAAGUAAAUAUAUCUUAUAGGGUAGCAUUUUGGUAGACUUGGGGUCAAACUUCGCCAUCAGCCUGCACUCCUGCAACCUUAUUGGUAUUAGAUCUUGAUAGGCUUUUGCCAAAUCAUAAUGAACACAUAUAGUUGAAUAUCUCCAUGAAACCAGAACUGAUUUUUCCCAAUGGAAAAUGUCAUAGUGAGAAGAAACCCAAUCAAGGAAAACAUGGUAAUACAUGUGAUGCAUCUUUUCUGCUCUAAGAAGAGUUGGAUGGAUGGAAUUGGUUACUUAAAAAGGCUCCUGCUGGGAGGAAGGGCGGGAUAUAAAUCAAAUAAUAAAUAAAUAAAUGUUGACCUCCCAUGCUUGGCAGUUUUUAAAACAUAUUGAAUAAUCAUCUAUUUCCCAGAGACUAGGAAGAUGAAAUUUCACAGUGACUGGUUUGUAUUCUGAAGUCUGUAUCAAAAUUUUAAACUGGAUCUUCACCACAAAGAUUCAGAACUGUCACAAUAAUUGGAUGACAACUUUAAGCAGGUCAGAUCUGUAGGUCUUUGCCCAUUAUCCUCAUUUGGGAAACUUUCUGUGGGCAAGAUAUUAGUUACUUGAGAAGACUGGUCCAUAGGGUUGCAUGGUACUGUUGAAGAAAAGAUCCUCUUCUUGUAUUUCUGUUGCAUUGUAUUAAAAUACAGCUGUGUUAAUAAAAGUACUGAGCUGUUACAAAAGAAAA